AUGUCGUCGACAGUUCGGAUGGGCUUGCUGCCGCUGCUUCGAUCGGGUGCGGUGGUCGCGCCGCGCCUGACGGCAACGCGGUUAAGCUCGGCGCCAGUAGCCUCCGCUCUCCUCCUACCACUGCACCACCAAUCCCGACCACAACGCCUCUUCUCCUCCUCCCCCCUCGCCCGUCUCGCGACCCCGCAAAACUCGACCAGCCCUCUCGUUGUCGGUCUGGAACGCAACGGGUCCAAGCCGGCGCCGAUCGUGCCCCAUCGCGAGGCGGCCGAGGUCGAUUACAGCAAAGGGCCGUCCGCGCUCGACAAGGCGUCCAGCCUCUUCUUCUUUACCGAGAUCCUACGAGGUCAGUUGGGGGGGCUCGGUGCUGUGGGGUGAUGAGGUGUGGUGCGCGUGGCUGAUUCCGCAAACGUACGCCGUAAUGGGCGCCUCUUGCGUCGACGCUGAUUGGCUCAACCGCGCAACUUGCCAUACUCGUGACACCGACGCACGUUCAUGUCACAGGAAUGGCCCUCGUUUUGGAGCAGGUACGUGCUGUUUGCUCAAAUAUGAUCAAGAUCGAGUCUAGGCAGGCCGCUAACCCUCGUGCUGAUGGCAUGCUCCGCCGCACCUCGCCCAUCUCCACAGUUCUUUAGGUGCGCAUCCAAGUUCAACACACAAGUGGACGUGCCAGCUCGGAUCGACACUGAUCCGACCCGAUACUAUCCACAGGCCACCCUACACCAUCAUGUACCCUUUCGGCAAGUCGUCUUCUCUCCCUCCACGACUCGCGAGCCCGGGGUUACGGCAUGGCCAACACCUCACCUAUCUCCUAAUCACCCUACAGAGAAAGGACCGAUGUCGCCGAGGUUCCGAGGCGAGCAUGCGCUGCGCCGUUAUGCGACAGGUGAAGAGAGGUGUAUCGGUACGUUCAGAGGAGGAGCUUAUGAUCCCUUCAAACGACCAGGGUGUUGAUCAACCGACUCUCUUUCAUCUUGCCCCUAUAUGGUAUCCAUCUCCUCCUGAACGGCUACAGCCUGCAAGUUGUGCGAAGCCAUCUGCCCCGCGCAGGCGAUCACGAUCGAGUCCGAGACGCGUGAGGAUGGCGCGCGCCGCACGACCCGAUACGACAUCGACAUGACCAAGUGUAUCUACUGCGGUGUAAGUCAUCGGACCAGUUAUCGUUUUGGAGUCUAGUCGGGCAGCUAUGGAGCUGUGCCGGCCAUAGGGGGCGGAGGGAAGGCGGGAGUCGCGAGCGAUGCGGGCGUGACACGCUGAUCACCUUUGGAACCGGCCAUUCACAGUUCUGCCAAGAGGCUUGCCCCGUUGAUGCCAUCGUCGAGAGUGAGUUUUAAACCUUUUCUUCCUGUCGUAAAACCAUGCUCUGAUUCUGACUCGGCUCUUCCCACUCGAUCUCCUUCCACCUCCCUCUUCCAACUCGUUCCACCACCACCUCCCCUUUCUCACCACUCAGCGCAAAACACCGAAUACACGACCGAGACCCGCGAAGAGCUCUUGUACAACAAGGAGAAGCUACUCGCUAACGGUGACCGGAUGGAGGCCGAGAUCGCGGCCAACUUGCAUUCCGAUCAUGGUACGUUUCCCCUCGGAGGUUUUUGA